AUGCCUCAAGUCCUUGGUGAAAAGUGCAAGAGUGCAUUUCACGUUGGCUGGAAACCAUGGCUUCCACCGCAUGGUGGUCUAAAAUCGUAUAGGAGUAGAGCACAUCGAGAAAGCAACUGCAGGAACAGAGAAAUACGAGGUGGAAGAAUUUUUGGAAGCGGUGCUUCCUUAAGACAUAGUUGCACAGAAUUAGAAAAGGCUCUCAAGAGACAGAGUUUGUACAGCAGCCCUUUCAGUGCGGUCAGUUACGCAAGCUCCUAUAGUCCAAAUACUAGUAGCCCCUACAGCAGUGGUUUCAACUCUCCCUCCUCAACACCAGUGAAAUCUGCUCUUGUGAAACAGCUCAUACCUCCUGGUACCUCAGGUCAUCUUAAAAGUUCAGCAGACAGAAACCCUCCGCUAAGCCCACAGUCCUCUCUGGACAGUGAAUUAAGUGCAUCAGAGAUGGAUGAAGACUCUAUUGGGUCUAAUUACAAGCUAAAUGAUGUUACAGAUGUGCAAAUUUUAGCACGAAUGCAGGAAGAAAGCCUCCGGCAAGAGUACGCAGCAACUGCUUCUCGGCGUAGUUCUGGUUCGUCUUGCAAUUCCACAAGGCGAGGCACGUUCAGCGAUCAGGAGCUUGAUGCACAGAGUUUAGAAGAUGAAGAAGAUGGCACGCACCACACAGUGCACCCUGCUGUUAACAGGUUCUCACCGUCACCUCGCAGUUCUCCCUGGCCUUCACCAAAACAAUCUCCAAGGAAUUCACCUCGCUCCCGAUCACCUGCUCGAAGCAUAGAUUACAGUAGAGUGUCUCCCCAGCCUAUGAUUAGCCGUUUACAGCAACCUCGUCUUUCACUUCAAGGCCAUCCUACAGAUUUGCAGACUAGUAAUGUCAAAAGUGAAGAAAAACUAAGGCGUAGUCUUCCAAACCUGUCCAGGACAUCUAACAUCCAAGCUGAGUCUGUGAAAAACAGCAGAAGUGACUCAAACUUCCAAGUGCCAAAUGGAGGAAUACCUCGCAUUCAACCUCAAGCCUCAGCCAUACCUUCUUCAAGUAAAUUCCGCUCACCUGCAGCACCGUCUCCCCUAGCUCUCCGACAACCAGUGAAAGCAUUUAGUAACCAUGGACCCAGUUCAGUCGCUUCUCCAGAAGCCACACAGCUGCCACACAGUAGUUCUUCACCAGGGCCUCUUGCAGCCCAGAGCUCAGGCUUGCCAAGCCCUGCCAGCAGUGUUAACAGUACUACUUUUACCAGACCGGCAGGGCCAGCAGGGAUGAGGAGUGGUUUGCCCAGACCCAGUGCCCCUUCUACAGGGGGCAUCCCAGUGCCUCGUAGCAAACUUGCACAGCCUGUUCGCAGAUCAUUACCCACUCCCAAAACCUAUGGCAACGUGAAAGAUGAGAGUUGGAAAGAUGGCUGCUACUGAACUGCAAAGCUUAAUGCAAAGUUCCAGUGCUCAUGGAUGCUUCCUCACCAGGCUAAAAGACAGCUUGAUUAUACAAACUGUUCAGAUGUGACUUUUGGGAUUUGUAAAAAUUCCAGACCUCUCUGUCUCUAAUUAGCACAAACUGGCAGAGAUUAUAAAGCAGCACUUUAAUGACAUCUAACAUCAGAUGUUUGGUGAUCAUACAAUCACUUCUACAUUAAAUUGCUAUCAGUUCUGGGUUUGGUUUUUUUUUUUUUUUCCUUGCUUGCUAAAAAUGUAUCAAUAUGAGCAUUUAUGACAGUGGCCAAUGUCUGGGCAAAAACCUAACGAAUGCCAAAGAAAUGCCCAUCUUGAAAAACAGCAAGUAUAACAGUCAACUUACAUUGUCCAAAACUUCAUUUUCAGCCUGUUUUAAUUCAGCAGCAAGAUUGGUGAAUAUGUACUAUUGAAACAAGACUACAUUAAUCAGAGCUAAUAUUCUGAUUGCAGACUGCUACAGUGCUAGUGAAACAUUGCUUUUAAUAAUUGUGUGAGAUUCUCAUUGGGGAAAGUGGUACGUACAUCCUUCAGAAAGAAUCAGAAGUGACUCUGGAGGAUUAGGCAGAAC